AAAUCUGAAGAUGGAGAGAAGGCAGAGGCAGAGACUUGUAGCGCGUACAUGAUAUAGUAGCUCUCCUUGUGAGUUUGAUCGGCGUAUCUCGUCCCUUCGGUGACGGUAAACGAAGAGGAAUGUAUUUCCGAGUACGUCAUUUACGAAGGCGACACCGUUUCGGGAAAUUUCGUCGUAGUUGACCACGACAUCUUCUGGGGCUGAUCACCCGCUGCGAUUUCACUGUGACAUCUCCUGCCGGAAAUGUAGUGCACACUUUGACUGGGACAUCUGGGGAUAAGUUUGAAUUUAAAGCUCCACGAAGUGGAAUGUACAAGUUUUGUUUUCGCAAUCCCUAUUCAACGCCAGAAACAGUUUCUUUCUACAUUCACGUGGGCCACAUUCCCAAUGAACAUAACCUUGCCAAAGAUGAACAUUUGGACCCCAUUAAUGUAAAAAUUGCUGAGCUGAGGGAGGCUUUGGAGUCUGUUACAGCUGAGCAGAAGUACUUAAAAGCACGUGAUGCUCGACAUCGUCAUACAAACGAGAGCACAAGGAAGCGUCUUUUAGGCUACACUAUCGGAGAGUAUGUUUUACUGGCUGCUGCUAGUGCACUUCAAGUCGCAUAUAUUCGCAGUCUCUUUAGCAAGUCAGUUGCAUACAACCGGGUUUAAGACAUGUUAUCAUCAUUGUCUGUUUUAAAACAAGAGGAUGGAUGUUAUAGACAGGUUUAGGAAACCUUGUGCAUUCUGUAUGACUAAAGAUGUGUUGGUUUAUACUAUUUAUUUUUCCAUAAAUUUAUAGAAUGAAUUUUUGAA